CCAGUGAAAACAACGUGUCUCGUGUUGGUGUGUUGCUGUACAAGAGCAUGAUCAACAGAGUAAUGACUUAGAAGGUGUUUAUAUUAUGAUUCUGUUUAAUACAUCAAUGUAUAAUCCAUAAACGGUCGUAUCGGAAUUCAUAGUUUGGCAAGGCCCAAGGGAGUGUUCACGCAGUUAUGGGUUUGUUACACACGUCAAGAAUGUUUACAUACAUGAGUCGCCAAAUUGUACGACUUCCAUUUAUGCAAUAUUGUUCCAGUGGUAUUUUAUCAAGCACUCCAUCUCAGCGACGACUGACUGUUCAUAGCAACGAGCAACUGCAUAUUCCCGUGAUGCUGGAUGAUGUAUUGGAUUUUUUUUCACCAGAGAAAAAUCAGGUUUAUAUCGAUAUGACAUUUGGAGCUGGAGGUCAUAGUUCAGAGAUUCUAAAAUGUGCUGAAAACAUCACAAUGUAUGCUUUGGAUAGAGAUCCAUUGGCUUUAGAUAUCGCUAAACAGCUGUCAGGUCUACAUGGAAAUAGAAUUAUUCCUUUGGAAGGUAAAUUCAGUGAAAUAACUAGACUACUAGAUCAACAUGAUGUUGGGCUGAAUUCUGUUGAUGGUGUGUUAUUGGAUGCAGGAUGUUCCUCUAUGCAGAUGGAUACAGCUGAGCGUGGUUUCUCUAUAAGUAAAGAUGGACCAUUAGAUAUGAGAAUGGAUAGUGAUAGAGACCCUAAACAGCCAACAGCUGCCGACGUAGUAAACGCUUUGAGUGAAGCAGACCUCGCGAAGAUAAUCCGGACCUACGGUGAAGAAAAGCAUGCUAGGAAAAUUGCAAGAUCCAUAGUUGAGUAUAGAACAACAUGGCAACCGAUAACAACAACAAAAGAAUUCGCUUAUGUUGUGUCAUGCGCGUUCUCACAUAGGGAGGCUAAAAAGCAGAAAGACAAGCUAAGGAGACCUGUGCACACGGCCACCAAGACGUUUCAAGCAUUGAGGAUUUUUGUGAACAAUGAACUGAACGAGUUAGUCAUGGGCUUAGAGCAAGUGGAAAAAAUAUUAAAACCUGGUGGAAAACUUGCUGUUAUCACAUUUCAUUCACUGGAAGACAGAAUCGUAAAGAGGUUUCUACGAGGCAUUGACUAUAGCGAGAAGUAUAGCAUGAGUAUUGGAGAGAAGAUGAGGGAAAAUCGAACAAGGGAUGGGGAUGAUAAUAGACCACAGAGGUGGAAAGAAAUUAACAAGAAAGUGUUGGAGCCUUUAGAAGAAGAUAUUAUCGACAAUCCAAGAGCAAGGUCUGCAAAACUAAGAACAGCUGUUAAGAUUCAUUAACUGUGAACAUUUUGAAGAGGUCAUAUUAUUUCUCUUUUGUGAUAAUAAAAAUAUUCCCUUGUAGCACUAUUAAAAUAAAAAUACUUGGGAGAAUUAUA